CGCUCGGGCGCGCCUCUCGUAACUGGGCUAGACUAAGCUGUAGCGCAUCUCCAUCUCGGGGUGUCUUCGCCGACAGCUUCGCCGUUAUUAUUGUCGCGCGACGAUACCCGCCCCGCCAUCACGACGCUUGUCCAAGAUGAGAACGACAGGGCCUAUUCCCACCACACCUAUGACGAUGGUCAAGACACGACGUUGCGUUUCCCCAGAUUGCGGGGUGUGUCAGUCAAUCUAUGUGGGUUUGACAGCUCCCGAAUAAUCAUGAUAAAAGGACUCGACGUCCCAGAACCAUUGCGAACCUGUUCUUUUUCUCGUGUGCCUCAGCAUCCUCCCAUUCCCCCUUACCUCACUUGCACAAGAUGCCCUCCCUCAAAUCCCUCCUCCUUCUUGGUGCAAGCCUGGCCGCGACCUCGGUCCAGGCUUCGCCCAUCCAGUCUCUCGACUUCAGCGGCACCUCCCUCGCGCCUCGCGCCGACCCGAGUCUGACGGGCUACCUCGGUGCCUUCUUCCUCGGCGCGGACCCUUACGUGUACCUGUACCUCUCCAACGGCAACAACCCGACCUCGUUCCGCGCGCUCAACUCUGGUUCGCCUGUAAUUCGGCCGACCAAGGGAACGGGUGGCGUGCGUGAUCCUGCUAUCGUUGUAGGCGGUGGUGCGGAGAAGGGCAAGAAGUGGUAUAUUGUCGGUACGGACUUGGACAUCGCAAAGACUACUUGGGAUGCGGCCCAGAGACAGGGGUCCAAGGGCAUUUUCGUCUGGGAGAGCACGGAUCUCGUCAACUGGAGCAACGAGAGACUCGUUGUCGUCGAGAACUCUAGCGCCGGCAUGGUGUGGGCUCCCGAGGCCAUCUGGGAUGCUGCCAAGGGCCAGUACCUCGUCCACUGGGCCUCCAAGUUUUACCCCGCCUCAGACCCGAACCACACCGGCAGCCCCGGCGCCAUCGUGAUCCGCUACGCCUACACCUCGGACUUCAAGACCUUCUCCACCCCGCAGACCUACAUCGACAAGUCCCCCACCAACAUCAUCGACCUCAACAUCCUCCCCACCGGCACCGACGGCAAGUCCUUUGUGCGCUUCCUCAAGGACGAGUCCCUCAAGACCGUCUUCGUCGAGGUCUCCACCACCGGUCUCUUCGGCACCUGGACCCGUCCCGGCGGCAGCUCUGCUGUUAUCGCCAGCGGUGUCGAGGGCCCUGCGUCGUACUGGGAUAACCAGGUUGCGGGCAAGGCGCAUGUGUUGCUUGAUUUCUACGGUGAUGAUGGGUACAGGCCGUAUGAGACGACGAAUGUGGCGACACAUGUUUCUGUUGUCUCGGACGCUAUUCUACCGCCGAGUGAUGGCCACUCACGCAUCUUUAGCAUGGAGAGCUCUCAGACAGAUAGCCUCUCAGCCGACGAGCAUCUGUUACCUAUCCCCUCCUCCAAGCUAUGGCUGUGGGAGGAAAGCUGGCGGUGGGAUGAGCGAAUAUGGGUGGCUUACGGAACUGAGAUACCCGUUCCCUCACAUAUUCAAUCAAGGUUGGAGGAGAUAAGAGAGGAGACUUUGAUCAAUUUGAAAGAGACUCAGAAUGAGAUGAUGGAAAAACAAGCCAAAGAAACCAGUUAUCACAAACAACGACCUACGCGAAGGAAUUUGCACGUGGAAAUCCGGAUGUCGGGGCAUCAAAAACGCCUCAAGAGAACAGUCAUCAUUUCUCCCUGCAUUUGGAUUCUAUGUGGAAGUAAGGAGUUUCGAGAUAUGGUGCGAAAAGCUCUUAAAGGAGGUCUGGCAGGAUCAAUAGCAAGAAACCUCUCAAGCUCACGAGUGGAGAUCCACGCGAAAGCCCCUGAGUUCAACGCUACUGAGGCCUUUAUUCCUCUUCCUCAGCUACGGCGAGAUAUGGAGAAAGGUUUAGGGCUGAGAUAUGGAGAAAUGACCAUAAUUCAUCACGUUGAGGCUGAUCAGCGGACUAAUAGGUAUUCGUCAGCCUGUGGCUUACUAUGUUGUUCUACAAUCCUCAAAGAGAACAAAUUGAUCGGGCAAAGAAUCUCAAGAGUUGGUGGGCUAUUGGCCAACGGUUUCGAGUCGUUCAACAAUAUUGAUGUCCCCAUCGCAAUGACGACGUCACACGGCAUAUUCGACUACAUUCGGCAGGAUGACAACACCGCUAGCCCGUUGAUGGAUGUCACAAGCUUCUCGUUCGAAUCUAACUUGCCACGCAAUAUCAAUGAUUUUAUCACUGUUUCUGCAUCCGAAUCAGAUUCCGACUCUAGUUCUGACGACGAUGGCCGAGGAUCAGACGAUGGGGAUGCACAAUCUAUCCAAUUAGCCUGGAGAGAGGAACAGAGUCUAGGGAAAAGAGACCCUGCAACGGUGUACAAGUGGAUGGCAAUUGAAGAGGUUGUCGGACUCAAAUUCGCCAAGCAGCGAUUCCCUGGUGGACCUUUGGACAGCUCUGAGCCAAGCGAUUAUGCUCUCCUGACUUCGACAGAUCUAGCCGAAUUCCGCAAUGCGACCUCUUGGCAGAACCCUGCCUCAGGGCGUUUCCCAGACGAGAUCACAUCGAGCCUGAAGAACGAUCAGCUCACGGAGGGAGCUCUUCUUAUGGUCUUUGCUAAGGGCGAAGUAAAGGAGGCCAUGCUGCUCCCUGGUAUUUCAACAAUGCCUUCUGCGCGAGGAGAUCACCUAACAGUCAGGAGAAUACAACUCUCGGCGCCAUUAGGUACUAAGUUUACCAGACAUGCAAACGAUUACCGAUAUUGA